AUGGACUGUUGCGGCAUCGACAGCGAGUCGCUAAUGCUGGCCAUCCAGCUGCAGCGCCAAGACUUCGAUGAGUACGAGCGCGCGAAGAAAGGCAAGCACCGUGAAGACGAGAUCAUCGAUUCCGAAGUCGCUAUCGAGGCGUGCCGCCAAGAACUCGAGGAGAUGGCGACGUUCCUUUCUGACCAGGCCUUCUGCAUCAGCAUCGCCAAGGCUGUCGAAUCGGACGCUCUCCUCAUCGCUGAGGCAAAGGCGGCAGAGGAACAGGCUGGCAGCGACCGCGCUUUUGCCUUGAGGCUAUCCGGAAACCCCCAAGCGACACCUGCAGCCGACACUACCAAGGCGAACGAGAAGAAACGGUCCGCCGAUCACUUGGGUGAUGCUUCUAUUGAAAGAUUCAAGUUGAUGAACCGUUUCGAACCGGAUUAUGCUGAAUCCUCCUCCUCAGCCGCUUCCCACGAGCCAAUCGAGACCAGAGAAUGCAUCGCCUGCACCGACAGUUUCCCAGCUUCUGCCCUCUCUCGCUCUCCAUGA